AUGAGUACUGAUGAGUUGAUUCCACGGGCUCCCUUCGUUAGGGUCGUCAAAGACAUUAGUCAGGAUGUCUUGAAAGAUAAGGAUGCCUUAUUCAAGCUCAAACCUGAUCAGGUUCGAUGGUCCAAGGAAGCUAUCGAUGCUCUCAAAGCAACCAUAGAAGAUGAUUUGACUAACGUGUUUAAACAGGCUGUGAAAUGCCAACUUCACGCCAAACGAACCACACUGAUGCCAUCCGAUAUGAAACUCUACAUGAACAUUGCAGAAUCCCAGAAAAACUUUUAUGAGAAUGUGAGCCAUGACCAUGUCAAGUUGGCCAGUGCCAGAAAGGAGAUUAAGACCAAGAAUAAGAAAGCUUCAAAGGAUGUCGACAGUGACGAAGAAACUGUAAGAACACAAGGAGGCGGUGGUGCAGCGAUCCAGCCCAACCAAGAAAAAAAUGUGAAAAACAAAGAUGCCAAUCCUGGGAACAAACAAGGUGGAUCUAUAAAAAAUCCAUACAAAGCAGACCAAUCUGGCUGGCUUCCUUGUGGCGAGUGCAACAAUUUAGUUGGUGGUGCAUUUAAAUGCAUUCGGUGCGAAAAGAAUAUGCAUAAAGAUUGUGGAAGGAUCAUUCCAGAAAGUGAAAUGCGGCCUGGAGAGAAAAAUGGACGAAUGUGUACUCCAUGCUCAAAUGAAUCUAUGGAUCUGACUGCAGAUGAGUAG